AUGACCGUGCCGCAGUCCUGCAGCACCUCCUUGCACGACUGCUUGACCACAAGCGCCUCCCCCGUGGAGCUUUCGUUGACGUUGCUGCUCAUUUUGGGGUCGAUCGGAGCACGGUACGCCGGAUCUGGAAGCGUGCUGGUGUUGACCUUACCAACGCUACGCGCCCAUGCAACAGCGUUGCGUCACGAAAGAAGGGUCACUGUGGACGGAACUUGA